AUGUCGGCGCCAUCGGUUUCGUGCUUUGGAAAGAAGAAGACGGCCACUGCCGUCGCCCACGCCAAGGAGGGCAAGGGUCUCAUCCGCAUCAACGGCCAGCCCAUCUCGCUCACCCAGCCCGAGAUCCUCCGAUGGAAGGUCUACGAGCCCGUCCUCGUCGUCGGUGAGGACAAGUUCUCGACCGUCGACAUCCGCGUCCGCGUCUCGGGAGGUGGCCACACCUCGCAGGUCUACGCCAUCCGCCAGGCGAUUGCCAAGGCCCUCGUCGCCUACUACGCCAAGUACUACGACGCCGCCUCGGCCCUCGAGCUCCGACAGCUGUUUGUCAGCUACGACAGGACCCUCCUGAUCGCCGACACGCGCAGGAUGGAGCCCAAGAAGUUCGGUGGUCAGGGUGCCCGUGCCAGGAGGCAGAAGUCGUACCGUUAA